CGGCCUUGUAAUGCAAUUCCGGGUAAAGGAAGGUUCCUUUGCUUCCUACGUCCUAACUCUUCCCCAUUCGGCUAUUUCGGCGAAGUUAAAUUGGACCUUUGAAAAGAAAUAAACCAAUAAAUAACCACAAUUACCUGCAAUUCAUUUGGAACUAUGGCAGUGAACACGGGCACGUCUCUGGUGCUGUCCAGCCUGCUGUCAGUGUUGGUGUUUGCCGGCAUGCAGAUGUUCAAUAAGCAGCUGGCAUCCACAGAGUGGCUCACCAUCCUGGGGGGCUUCCUGGGCUCCGUGCUCUUCAUCUGCUCCCUCACCGCAUUCAGCAAUCUGGAAAAUCUGUUUUUUGGGAAAGGGUUCCAAGCUAAGAUCUUCCCAGAAAUUCUGCUGUGCCUCUGCCUGUCGCUCUUUGCAUCCGGCCUGGUUCAUCGCGUGUGUGUUACCACAUGCCUGAUCUUCUCCCUCUUCGCCCUGUAUUACAUCAACAAAAUAUCAGCCGCUCUCUACCAGGCGGCGGCGCCCACGGCGGUGCCCGCCAAGAUGGCCACCAAGGGCAAGAGGAAGAACUGAUGAAUGAAAACAGAUGUCCCGCUUUUGACAGAAACUUUCAUUGGCCAUCUCCACAUUCCAUUCAAGAGAUUAGGACUACGCAUCAUAGUCGUACACCACAAGUCAUUUUGUAAUUAAAUUCAAGAAAACCAUUGAA